AUGUUCCUUCAUUGUCCUCCCUGGCGAAAGCCUCGGCCUGAAUCCCCCUCAGAGGUCGCUCGAUCCUAUCAAGAGAGCCCAACCCGUGUGCCUCAGACGCUGGAGCAAGGCCAGGACAUUCCUCACGAGCUGGAACAUCCAGACUCUCACGCCAAGUUACACACAGGAAGCCUCUCCCGCAUUAUUCGACGUCGGCUUUCACGCGACUCCAGGGGAUCCAGUGCCUGUCACGACAAGGGAAAAAUCCCUUUCUCUUUUGCGCGCAAGUCUCCCAAGCCCACCCCCAAGCACUCGACGGAACUGGCAGCCUUGGCCGGCUACGGAAGCAGUCUUGUGAGCGAAAGUCGUUACGAUAGUGAUGCACAAGGUGUGGCAACACCGCAGCAAGAGUCUGCCCCAUCGCCCUCAUCGCCUCCUUCUAGGGUGAGACUCAGCGAUGUGAUCGAGAGGUCGCAAGAGCAACCUGACUCGGGGCAAUGGGGUGUUGAAGUAGGCCAAAAGACUACUGAACCCCAGCAGUCGAUCUGUGGGAUGCGCUUUUUACAGACUCCCUCGCCCAGCCUGAACAGCCUCCAGUACUCCGACCUCAGGGAAAGUUGCCCGGAAGGUUGUCGCCCCUUAAGUCAUGAUCCCAAUCAUGUCGACGAUCCUGCAAAGUCUGCGACAAGCACACACAUGGCCGAGCAACCGGUGAGCGAAUUUGAAGGCAUUCCGCAUCCCGAUGCCUCGGCGACACUAGCUACAGCCGCAGAGGGAUGGAUCAUGACCGCUUAUCAAAGUCAGAAUUGCGAAUCAGAGUACGGUCGUGGCACAAGUCAUGAAGAUAGUCCCACACCUUCAUUGUUGAGUACACCUACGAAGCUAACUGUGCCAAAACGGCGACAGCGAACGGAUUCAGGUAGUGGGCUGGGUGAUCACCGGUCUGUACAUCUGGGUGAUAUGGGAAUCUCCAGGCAACUUGCCUCUUCGCCCAAUUCCUCUGUCGGAGACUCGCACCGGCCCUCGUCAGCCGAGCCAACCUCGCUCAAGCGACAGCAGGUCAGGAUGUCAGCGAAUAUCCCGUCAAACCCUGUUCCAAUGUCUCGCAGCCCAACAACUCACGUCAACUCAGACCUUGGAUCCGAAGCUCCCUAUCUCGAAAUUCCAACAGGAUUGUCAUCCUGCCCGCAGGACUCGGCACCAUUGAUAGGGGACAUGCUUGAAACGCCACCAUCUCCGACAAGCUCCGUCGACGAACACGUUGGUACCAUCCAGAGAAGCAAAUACGACCCCACGGCUGAAGAUAUUCGUGAAUACGAGAAUGCCAUGGCCGCAGCCAAGGGGUCCAUUACAAGCAGAUUCCAAGAGCAUUGUGAUAGUGAGGCCUCGCCUGAGCCCAAGGUGCUGACGCAGCCUUGCGAACCACUAGCUGAGGCUCCGCGCAAAGUGAGCAUCGGAUGGAUGUCUGGUGGCCGGCGAAUCGGUUAUGGAUAUGCCCCAGUACCUAGCCCCGAUGAUGAUCUCGUCAAACACGACAAUGGCACAUUGAACGGUAGCCAGUCCACUUUAUCGUUGGCACGAGACCUAGUAUUGCCAAUUCCCUCACUGAGCACAGCCGUCCGGGAUGAUCAAGCUGGCAACGAUUGGAACAAGGAAUGCGACCCAUACUUCACUGCACACUCGACCGUCUUCAAAGGGUCAGGUCUGACAGGCUCACUCACGCAACUUGAAAAGAUUCAGCCAGCCACCUUGCCAAGAACAAAGAGGCCAUUCAAACCCGAUGCAGAAACUCUUCAGCACAACGGCUCCUUAGAAGGUCCGGCAAAGGUUGGUUCACGAGGACUUUGCACAGAUUGCAGUCCACCAGCGCUCGCCCUAGGCGUUGGUUCUGACCCACAUGUCAAGGGCGUGACCAAAACUCAACUUGACGCGUUAAGAGAUCACCUUGCUAGUCUACGCACGUCGAACAAUAUGACGCCUCGUCCUGCACAAACCGCGGCAAGUCCAGAAACAGCCACCGUCAAGCUGCCACAACUCAAGAACUCACGUAGUGUCUCCGGGAGCAGCUACAAAGAUGUGGACAUUGAUCCCGAUUAUCCGGGGAUCGAGUGUCAGGCCGUGGCUCGUCGGCUUCGAGCAAAUAGUGUACGGGACUCACCGAUAUCCCGAAGACUAUCAAAAUUUCGGGUGAGCAAAGGAUACUCAAGUCCUUCUCCAAAAAAAGCUUCGCGGUCUUCACUUAUCUUGGACCAAGCUCGUGCAUCAGGUUGUCUGGAGCGGGGUGAUUCUGUCAGGAGUUCUGGCGUAGAUGCAGAAGCAUUAGCCAGCAUGUAUCAAGAGUGCAUCAAUAUGCCGGGAUCCUUUGAGGGUAGUCGAUGGGCAAGUCGGACCAGCCGGCUAUUGCUCCAUCGUGAUAUCAAUCCUGAUCGGUGA